AGGAAACAUGCUGCCCUAUCAAGUCAUUCACUUUACGACACAUCUCAUCGUGAUGACGGCUAUGUGACUUCGUCGGGCAUUCGACAUAAGAGGUCACGGUGUGUUCCGAGAUGUUGUCCGUCGAACAUACCAUGGUCUCUUGAUGCAGCAUCGGAGACGCCUUCCGCUAAGGUAGCUUUGCUCGUCACUGCCUCGCGGCACGGCUCGCAUGCAUGCGCUUCACGACUUGAUUCCCAGCAACAAGCUCACGAGUAUCAAACUCGAAAUACACUUGAGCUGCAUCUCCCUUUUACACUCGGCUCCUUACUGAGUUACGGCAAGACAUCUUGGGUAUAUCUAUCGUCAACGGCUCAGCUCGCCUGUCGAGUCAACCUCGGACUCCGGCAGCAUCAUGGCGGGAAUGAGCACAAAGAGACUGCAGAAGGAGCUGAAUAACAUUCAAAAGUCGCUACCACCUGGCAUCGCUCUCGUCGCUGCUCCAGAUCUCCGAGAAUGGCAGAUGGAAAUAAUGGUUCUGGACAAUCCACUGUAUAAGCCCGACGAGCCUUUUCGCCUGCGCUUCACAUUCUCACCAUCCUAUCCUAUCGAAGCGCCCGAGGUCGUAUUUAUGCAGCUCGCCACGCCUUUACGCAGGAUACCCAUCCAUCCGCACAUCUACAGUAACGGUAUCAUCUGCCUGGAUCUGCUUGGUACUCAGGGUUGGAGUCCGGUCCAAAACGUGGAGAGCAUUUGCAUCAGUUUGCAAUCUAUGCUGGCCAGUAACACAAAAGAUGAGCCUUACUUUGACCAUGGACUCAACAUGGUCAAUCUCACGCCCGCGUCGAAAACGGCAUUAGCCAACCUCCGAGCAUUCACCGCCCCGCCGACAAAUUACUACCGAUGUCCUCUGAAGCGACGAGCAGCUGUGCUCAUAUUACUAUUUGCAGAUCGACGGGGUGAUUUACGAGUGGUCUUAACGAUACGGAGCGCGGGGCUCAAGAAUUAUGCCGGUCAAGCCGCACUGGCUGGAGGCAAAGCGGAUGGCCUACACGAGACGCCCUUCAUGACAGCAAGAAGAGAGGCCUUUGAGGAAAUCGGCCUGCCGAUGGAAGAUGAUAAGCUUCCCAGUGGAUACUCUGUGGAGCAUCUCACUGAGCUGCCUACACAUCUUGCCAUGACUGAGCUCGGCGUUCGUCCCUGCGUAGCUUAUCUCAAGACACCUGAGCCUAGUGUUCGGAACAGAAAUCCCGAUGUCGCGCGAGAUAUUCUCCCCAAGCUUGACGCCCGCGAAGUCGCAGCAGUCUUCACGGCGCCGUUUCAAAAUUUCCUCAUGGACAAAGAUAUGGAUCCAGCUAUCCGGCGCAAGGUCCCUGGCGAGUGGUAUAAAGGCAGUUGGCAUGCCUGGCAAGAGACCGCUUGGCGGAUGCACCAGUUCCAUGUCCCUGUGACACCGUCGACGGUCUACCUGGCACGCACACCUUUACCAUACACAGAGCCGCGGAGCAGCAUCGGAUCAUCCUCGUCACCAACUCUAGAGGGCACAGGAUCCAACAACUCAACCGCUUCGCAACCUGGAAGCUUAUCCGCGCAGCCCUCACCGUCAGGAGCUUUCCCGGCAGAUACUCCGGAUGCACUACGGCAGGCGCGUUAUCGAGUAUGGGGCAUGACGGCGAGAAUACUCGUGGAUUGCGCGAGGGUUGCGUACGGUACAGAGCCGGAAUAUGAACAUAACAACCACUUCGGCGACGAGAUUCUGAUCGCACGUUUGCUUCAGAUCGGUCGGCUGAGCCCUGUGAAGAAAGAAGGCGAACACCUCACGAGAGAAGUGAUGGUGGAGGCUGCAAAGGCAAAAAUCUGAAGAACUACGCGUUGUGAGGGGAAUGUAUUGUCGGAUGACGAAAGAAUUAUUGUUGCGCUGCUCGAUGAAUUAUUCUUGUACGGCGCAGAAGAAGCAGACGCUGCAAUUAUGAUUUUAUGCUGGAACGGACAGUCGACGCGAUGGAGCACUGUAUAGCUGGAGUGAUGCAUUUUCAUUCGACCGCGUGCAUGAAUUCCUUUUCUACUAGGUACUUUUGGCACAGAAAUCGUGCAGGCGCGUGCCAACAGGUG